AGGCGGAGAGGCAGCCCGGGGGCCUUCGGCAGCGGCGGCGCAGGCGAGAGCAGCGGCGGGAGCGGAGCCGGGGCAGCAUGGACACCGACCUGUACGACGAGUUUGGGAAUUACAUCGGGCCCGAGUUGGACUCGGACGAUGACGACGAUGAGCUGGGCCGGGAGGCCAAAGACCUGGACGAGCUGGAGGAUGAUGAUGAUGAUGAUGACAUGGGAGAACAUGAUGAGGAGCACCCUGGCAUGGAGGUGGUGCUGCAUGAGGACAAGAAGUACUACCCCACAGCAGAGGAGGUCUAUGGGCCUGAGGUGGAGACCAUCGUGCAGGAGGAGGACACACAGCCACUCACUGAGCCCAUCAUCAAACCUGUGAAAACCAAGAAGUUCUCCCUGAUGGAGCAGACACUGCCAGUCACUGUCUACGAGAUGGAUUUCCUGGCAGAUCUGAUGGACAACUCGGAGCUGAUCCGGAAUGUGACUCUGUGUGGGCACCUGCACCACGGCAAGACGUGUUUUGUUGACUGCCUGAUAGAGCAGACGCACCCCGAAAUCCGGAAACGCGACGAUCAGGAUCUCUGCUACACUGAUAUAUUGUUCACAGAGCAGGAGAGAGGGGUGGGGAUCAAGAGCACCCCAGUGACAAUUGUUCUGCCAGACACCAAAGGAAAAUCUUUCCUCUUCAACAUCAUUGACACUCCAGGUCAUGUGAACUUCUCAGAUGAGGUGACAGCCGGCCUUCGCAUCUCGGAUGGCGUCGUGCUCUUCAUCGAUGCGGCCGAGGGGGUGAUGCUGAACACAGAGAGGCUGAUCAAGCAUGCAGUGCAGGAGAGGCUGGCAGUGACUGUGUGCAUCAACAAGAUUGACAGACUCAUCCUGGAGCUCAAACUGCCCCCCACAGAUGCCUACUACAAACUCAGACACAUUGUGGAUGAAGUUAAUGGUCUGAUCAGCAUGUAUUCCACCGAUGAGAACCUCGUGCUGUCUCCCCUUCUGGGGAAUGUGUGCUUCUCCAGCUCUCAGUACAGCAUCUGCUUCACACUGGGGUCUUUUGCAAAGAUUUAUGCAGACACAUAUGGAGACAUCAAUUACCAAGAGUUUGCCAAGAGGCUUUGGGGCGACAUCUACUUCAACCCAAAAACGCGCAAAUUCACCAAGAAGGCCCCGACGAGCAGCUCCCAGCGCAGCUUUGUGGAGUUCAUUCUGGAGCCCCUGUACAAGAUCUUGGCUCAGGUGGUGGGGGAUGUGGACACAACCCUGCCCAGGACUCUGGAUGAGCUUGGCAUCCACCUGACCAAGGAGGAGCUGAAACUGAACAUCCGGCCCCUCCUGCGGCUCGUCUGCAAGAAGUUCUUUGGGGAGUUCACAGGUUUUGUGGACAUGUGCGUGCAGCACAUUCCCUCCCCAAAAGUGGGGGCCAAGACCAAAAUUGAGCACACCUACACCGGCGGCGUCGACUCCGACCUGGGCGAGGCCAUGAGCGAGUGUGACCCUGAUGGUCCCUUGAUGUGUCACACCACCAAGAUGUACAGCACUGAUGAUGGUGUGCAGUUCCACGCCUUUGGCAGGGUGCUCAGUGGCACCAUCCAUGCUGGGCAGCCUGUGAAGGUCCUUGGGGAGAACUACACCCUGGAGGAUGAGGAGGAUUCCCAGAUUUGCACCGUUGGACGCCUCUGGAUCUCAGUUGCAAGGUAUCACAUUGAGGUGAACAGAGUUCCUGCUGGCAACUGGGUGCUGAUUGAGGGCGUGGACCAGCCCAUAGUGAAGACAGCAACUGUGACAGAGCCUCGGGGCAAUGAGGAGGCUCAGAUCUUUCGUCCCUUGAAGUUCAACACCACAUCUGUGAUCAAAAUAGCUGUGGAGCCAGUGAACCCCUCAGAGCUGCCCAAAAUGUUGGAUGGUCUUCGUAAAGUCAACAAGAGCUACCCCUCACUUACAACCAAGGUGGAAGAAUCUGGGGAGCAUGUGAUCCUGGGAACAGGAGAGCUGUACCUGGACUGUGUGAUGCACGACCUGAGGAAGAUGUACUCUGAGAUUGACAUCAAGGUGGCUGAUCCAGUGGUGACAUUCUGUGAGACAGUGGUGGAAACAUCCUCCCUGAAGUGCUUUGCUGAGACACCCAACAAGAAGAACAAGAUCACAAUGAUUGCUGAGCCCCUGGAGAAGGGACUGGCAGAGGACAUUGAGAAUGAAGUGGUGCAGAUAACAUGGAACAGAAAGAAGCUGGGUGAAUUCUUCCAGACCAAAUACGACUGGGAUUUGCUGGCUGCCCGUUCCAUCUGGGCCUUUGGGCCUGAUGCCACUGGCCCAAACAUCCUGGUGGAUGACACACUGCCCUCAGAGGUGGACAAGUCUCUGCUGGGUUCAGUGAAGGACAGCAUCGUGCAGGGCUUCCAGUGGGGGACCAGGGAAGGGCCUCUCUGUGAUGAAUUGAUCCGCAACGUGAAGUUCAAGAUCCUGGAUGCAGUGAUUGCUCAGGAGCCCCUGCACAGGGGUGGAGGGCAGAUCAUCCCCACGGCCCGCAGGGUGGUGUACUCUGCCUUCCUCAUGGCCACCCCUCGUCUGAUGGAGCCCUACUACUUUGUGGAGGUGCAGGCCCCUGCUGACUGUGUGUCUGCUGUGUACACCGUGCUGGCCCGGCGCAGAGGCCAUGUCACCCAGGAUGCUCCAAUCCCAGGCUCUCCCCUGUACACCAUCAAAGCCUUCAUCCCAGCCAUUGAUUCCUUUGGCUUUGAGACAGACUUGAGGACCCACACACAGGGCCAAGCCUUCUCCCUCUCUGUCUUCCACCACUGGCAGAUCGUGCCUGGGGACCCCUUGGACAAGAGCAUCGUUAUCAGACCACUGGAGCCACAGCCAGCCCCACACCUGGCCAGGGAGUUCAUGAUCAAGACCAGGCGUAGGAAGGGCCUCAGUGAGGAUGUGAGCAUCAGCAAGUUCUUUGAUGACCCCAUGUUGCUGGAGCUGGCCAAGCAGGACGUCGUUCUCAACUACCCCAUGUAACCCUGCUGCCCUGGCAUGGGGGCUGACCCGAGGCCUGGCUGGCACCUGCUGGUCCCUCUCCAUCCCUGCUUGCCCAGCCUGGCUCCUGGAGGCUCAGGGCAGGCAGGGAGCUGCUCCUCAUGGCUGGAGGAGUCUCCAUGGACCAAUUGUGGGCAUUUCCAUACAGGGAGCAGCCCAGAGCAUUUUGUAUUCUUGGUCUCCAGUUGCCUCCAGGGAGGUUUUUUUCCUUUUGGAUGUGCUCCUGCAGCUCACAGAGCUGAGUAGUGUCAGUGUGGAUUCCUGAGGACUGGGCCUCAGCUGUGUCAAGCAUUUCAGGCAGCUGAGAAAAAGGGGGGGAUGCUGGGGGAGAAAUGUGGCUUUGACCUUUCUGUACCCUUUUUUUUUUUUUGAACCCUUUAAAAUGUUUAGUACAAA